AUGACUGCCUUCCUUCCGGCCCCUGCCCUCCUCUCACCCCCCCGUCGGUCACGUUACUUUUACACCCCAUUAUCUUGUGCAAAAACGGCUCCCCAGCCGUCCCAGUCUUCCCAAACUUCCCAGCCAUCCCCCGUCGCCUCUCCCUCUCUCGCUGACACCCCCAUCAACACCUUUUGCGGGUUCGCCGCCCUCGUCGGCCCUUCUAACUCUGGGAAAUCUACGCUCCUCAACCGUCUUCUUGGCCAAAAGCUCGCCAUUGUUACCCCAAAAGUGCAGACCACGCGCUGCCGCAUCGCCGGCCUCGCUACGUCCGACGCUACCCAAGUCGUUUAUCUUGACACCCCAGGAAUUUUCCCAGCCUCUUCACGUUUGGCCCGCGCUAUGGUCAAGUCCGCCUGGAAGUCCGCCGCCUCUGCAGACGCCAUCGCCAUCGUCUUGGACGUUGCAGUCAUGUUUCAUGAAGGCCGCCGCCAGGACAUUCGCAAGCUCGUCGUGCCGAAGGAUACAGAGACUGUUAUGGCCCGCGUAGCGGAGAAGAGGAUUAAGGGACAUCAAGCAGAGAUUAAGUUGUGUGCCAAUAAGAUUGACGCCGUGCCGGAGGAGGAACGCCCGUUCGUUGAGGAGAGAAUGCACGCUGUCAUGGAGAAGACGGGGUUGGAAGAGGCAGGUGCACAACUGCAUAUGAUGUCGGCCCGAUAUGGCAACGGUGUGGAUGAGUUUGCGACUUGGGUGAAGGAGAGAAUGCCGAUGGGACCGUGGUUGUAUCCAGAGGAUGACUUGACGGAUAUGCCAUCGAGAUUGCUUGCGGCAGAGGUGUCGAGGGAGAAGGCCUUUAUGGUAUUGAAACAAGAGCUGCCGUAUGAGAUUGCUAUCGAGACGACCAGUUAUAAAGACUUGGCGGAUGGAUCGAUUCGCAUUACGCAAGAUGUGCUUGUUGCCAGGAAGAGCCAGAAGAUGAUUGUCACAGGCAGAGGGGGUGCGGUCAUUAAGGAGAUCAGUAUGAGGGCGAGACACGAACUCGCAGAGGUGCUUGGGAGCACCGUCCAUUUGAUCUUGACAGUCAAAGUGAGGGGGAAAUGGAAGGAGGACAGGAGGCAGUACGAACAAUGGGGACUGGAUUUCAAUGCAUGAUGCGGUUGUGGAGAACGACAUGUCCGAUUACAGUCCUUCCUGAGACCGGGCAGAUAGUAAGUAGGCUUGAGCAUUUUUGUUUACAUAGAUGAUACUUUUGGUGAGCGCGAAAGUUCUCUGCACCCGCAGUUUAUUCUUUACUUUUAUCGCGUGGGGUCGCCAUCGUUUAUGCGACGACCAUGAUCUCUUACUUCUCAGGCAUUGGGAUGCUAAAUAUGUUUCCUCUGUACCU